GGCACGUCGACGGCGGCGGCGACGGCAGCGGAGGAGGAGGAGGAAGAGGAGAUGGUGGUGGCGACGACGGCGGUGGUGGUGGUGGCGGCGGCAGGCGACGGUGAGCAUAAAGAGGAUAGGAUAAUAUCGGUGCGCGUCCUCCUGCGGAGGUGCCCUUUCGCGGGUUCCGUACCCGUUUCGCCCGUUACCACACCAGACUCCCGCAGCCGAUCGGAUAGCGGCCGAACUUCUACGAUGUAGUUAUGCCGAAGAAGGGCACACGGCAUGUGAGGGAGCCGGCGAACACGAGAAGCAGCGGCCAGCAGCCGCAGCAGCAGCAGCAGCAGUACAGGGGCUGCGCCGCGCCGCUGUCUGACACAGCGACAGCGACGGACGCUCCGGAAGUGGCGACAAGGCACUUUCGCAGCGUACACAUCGGCGUGACGAAUGGCAAGCGCUGGCUAUCGUUGAAGAAGCGUCUGGGACUGACCACGGACGAGGAUGUCGCGGUGUAUCUGCUGGACCUCGCGGAGUCCGCCGCUGUCACCAGGCAAGAGGAUAAAUGUAAUGGAGCAGAGGAGUGGAGCCAGAAGGCGAGCCAGAUCAAGGAUCUCAAUGAGGAAGCUCUCAAGAUUAAAAAUUCAGAUGACGAAGAGAAAGCGGAGGAAGAGAAGGAAAUAGUCACUCGCAGAAGUCUGAGGAAGCAUGAAUCCACGGCCGCCGCGGUCAGGGUGCACCCCGCCGGUACAAUAAGCGAUGUGUCGUCGGCGGUGCUGGACAACGUAAUCAAAUUGCAUGUGAGACGCAGCUGGAAGUCCAAGUACCACAAAAACAAGACGAAACAUCACAAGGACAAGCGCAAGAAGCGGCGGCACUCGAAGAAUGGCGAGCCCGAGGAUUCUAGCGCUAUGUCUGUGAAUGGGUCUGAAUACACCGGCGAGGAAACAUCGGAAAACGUGCAAAACGGCUCCGCAACAUGUGAGGACUCAAACAAUUGCGAGACUACGGCGACGGUGGUCGGUAGUGAGUUAGACGCUAAAUUAAAAUUAGGCGUAAAGAGAUUGGGCAUCAACACAAAGGACGUUGAAGCCGCCACGAUAAAGACUGAGCACGUAGAUAGUGUAAGAUUUAUAAGCGAUGUAAAUAAUACGAGUAACGACACCAGGUGCAAUGCGAAUACUGGCCCCAGUGUAUCCGGCGAGCCCAAUAAAGAUUUAGAAGGUAAUAGAACUAGGCUGCAGUUCGAUGACGCGGCAACGUUCGCCCUGCCGAAGUGCGGGUGUCAAAACGAUUCCAGUAAGAACGCGGAGUAUCCAUUCAACGCGAUCGUCAACGCCGAGAUUGAGGAGUCGCAAACCGUGAGCGUGCUCAGCAGAGAGAAGACGAGCGUAGAGUCGCAGGAGUCGCACAAGGACGCAAACUGCGACGCGUCGAAGGACGAUGAGCCGAGUCUCAACGGGGAUGAUCGUAAAGUGAAGAAAAAGCGGAAGAAGCGCAACGAGGUUGCACAGGUCGACGAGAAUGCUUCAGAGAAGGAUUCCUUGGAGAUCAGCGCGGACGAUGUGGUGUUGAAACAUCGGCGGAAGAAGCACAAACACACUAACGAGCACAAAACGAAGAAACACCAUGACGUACGCAGGGCGCCUCAGGAUGGUAUCGUCGUGGUAGAGGAAACGAUUCAGGAGAUCGCUCCGGAGGUUGAGUCGCCGUCCUCGAUGGGAUCCGGCAAGGUCCCUGAGAGUGCCGACAGUGUCAUAUCUGAGCCACAAAGAUUGGCUAUUAAGAUCAAGCUCUGUCAGGAGUGCAACAGCCGUCAUCUGCAGGAUGCGUGUCCGUUGGUAACGCCGCAGUAUACGAUUACGGACACGAUCUCUUACGAGGAAUGGCUGGGCAAACAUCAGGACAACGAGGAACUUGUCAAGGCCAUGAAAACGAACGACCCAAUGUCGGAAGGCUAUGCGAGACUGCCGGACGAAGGCUGCGAUUCGGAUGACGAGUCCGAUGACAAGAACAAGACGAAGAUGCAGAGAGAAGAGAGGCUGGUGGUGGUCGAAAUGGACCGGCCCUUGUUCGCGAGAGACUCACUGCCAGAUUGUCUUGAGUUAAGGUUCACUAAUAGCGAACACGGGCUCGGAAUAUAUGCCAAAGACCCGAUGCCGAUGUAUGCCAAGUUAGGUCCACUCAUCGGCAUUCCGAUCAAAGAAAUGGAUAUCCCAGACGAUUUCUCCAUGCGCCAUAUCUGGGAGGUAGAUAAUAAUGGGAAGAGUAUAUACGUCAGCACUACGGAUCCGCUAAAGAGCAAUUGGAUUCGAUAUAUAAGACCAGCUGAAACGAAAGAGAAAAGGAGCGUCGCCGUUGUCACAAAGCAAGGCCAACUGCACCUUGUCACUACGCAGCAUAUCAUAUCGGGCAUGGAACUCACUUAUUGGGCAGAGUCGCAAUCUUUCGCAUGGGCUAGGAAGAAUAAGACAGACAAAACGAAUUGCGGGGGAUGUAACUUGAACUUCUCGCACCCGAUAUAUUACCGGUUACACUGUUGCAUCUUUCAUGACACCAAUUACAGUUUGACCAUAAGAAAGUAUCACUGCAAGGUUUGCGGCGCCGCCGUUCUCGGCAAGGACAACAUCAUGAAACACGCGGCGGAGUUGCACGGAGGUCGCGGCGCGUAUCAAUGUCAAUACUGCAAAAAGUUUUUCUUGAGGCUUAACUACCUAGAGAUGCACAGGACCUAUGGGUGCGCGCAGAAUCCACAACGAUCACGACCAUUGUGCGAUUUCUGCGGGCGCAAAUUCUGUCAGCCGCAAAAGCUGAAAGUACACAUCAAAAGAAUGCACAACGAUAUGGCUGAGGUGUUAAGGGAAUUUCAAUGUAAAUUGUGCUUGAAACUGUUGGGGUCCCGCGCAGCUCUUCAGCGCCACAUGAAGGAAGUACAUCACAAGGACGUUGUCGCCGCGGCGACCUGCGAUCGAUGUGGGAAGAUGUUCCAGAACAAAAGCAACUUGAAAAUACACAUGCUGACGCAUAGUGGCGUAAAACCGUUCAAGUGCAAAGAGAAUGGCUGCUCGGCGGCAUUUACCACGAAACAAUGUUUACAAUUCCAUUACAAGAAGGUGCACGGUCUCUCGGAGGAGAUGAUGCCCAAAAUUGAAAGGUCCGUGGCAUAUACUUUCGACGCGUACAGUGGUGGUCUCGUCGAGGGCAUGCCUUGCAGAAAGACCAUUCAAUCUAACCGAAGAAAUUCACAGCAGGACAACAGCAACAGUUUGCCAUCUUUGGACGACUGCAGCUCGGAGAAUAGCAUGAAGGUCGAGGCACCGGUGAAUCCAGCUCACAACACGAUCAUAGAAUUCCAAGGCGGCGCGAACGCGGUGAAGUACAAGUCGGAGCAGGAACUUCAGCUUCCCGUGUCGCCGCACGGCGCGCCCUUAUCCAGCAUCGACACAACGACGGAGAACGUACAACGGACGACGGAGAUCGAUAUAUACGGCACGUCCGCGAAGGUGCAGAGCAAGGGCAGCAAGAAGUGGAUGGGCGAAUUUAACCCACCACCCUCGUCCGACUUAGUGACCACUCACGUCCCGGCGGCCACGGCACCACCCGACGUAUACGACUUCGAGGACGACAGGAAAGACAGCGGCGAGAAGACGGCGCGCAGCACUAUCGUGACGAAUACGCAGAAUCUGAUUGACAGCAACAAGCUGAAUUUGACAAGCGUGUAUCGCCGGACAGAGAACGCGAGCGCGAGUGCGAGUCUGCUGGUCGAAGCGGCCCUGGACGCCGCGGAGAGGGACAUCGGCACGGUUUCCAGUCCAAUUUUGGAAGAAAAUGAUCGCGAGACCAAUUUGUACACGAUCCCGAACCCGUUGCAGUCGCCGAUACCUCAACGAUCGCCGAAUCAUUUGGACUCUUACAUACAACAGCAAGACGAGCUAAUGUCUCCCGCGCCGACGCCGGAUGACCGGCACAGCCCUCCUAGCCAUUUGCACGUGGACUAUCAUCUGCAUCGGCCGAUCGACUACAUGAACACUUCGCGGCCACACAACAUUGAGCAGUACUUGCAUCACGAGGAACUGCCGCGCGUCGCAUCGCCGAAUUACAUUCACAUGCAGCAGGAGGAUCUAGUGUCGCCGUCCGCCACUCCGAAUCCUCGCUACCAGGACAUGCACCAUCAUCAUCAUCAAGUGCCCACAGACAAUCUAUCGAGCGACGAGGGCGACGCGGUGGCACAGAAUCUUAGUCUGUCCGUGAAGGAGAAGGCGUUGCAGCUGGAUCUGUCAACGUCUUAUAAGUCCUACGACCCGCUCGAGCAGGACUUUAUCCGGGAGAGGUCGAAUUUCGAGCCGCUGAUGCUCAACAGCGGCGAGCUCCAGGGUCUGGAUAUGUCCGCUCGAAGUUUCCACCAUAGCUUUGGAGUUCAAGUGCAGAACACGCGUUACCACCAUCAUCACCUGUACGACAUAGAGCGACAGAGUGUAGACCUCAGCAGGACCGGCAGCUACUCCAUGUCACCGCCUCCACCACCGCCACCACCACCACCGCCUCCUUAUCCGCACGGGGACGUUCUGAGGGUAGUCAGUUUAGACCUCACACCUGGCGGCAGGCAUAGCGUCGACCUGAGUCUCUCCAGGACUCAUCACCUGCACGGAUCGGGUACCCGCGUUAUCACUAGCCCGCAAUCGUCCAGCUCGACGACCACGCACGUGGUACCAGACACCGGCGAUGGCCGCAUGUUGUCUCCACCUCCGCCUCCCUUAGCUGGAUACAACCCAAGUUAUCCUGUAAGUCCAGCUCCGUAUCAUCCUCCGAGAACAGGAUACCACCAUUAUCCUGGUUAUUAUUGAUCGUUCUCGAUCUUUAUUGUCGACAUCACGGUGGCUGGCGAUCAAUGUCUCUUCGGCAACGUUUUUCACUACAAACGUCGAGGCGAGGCUCAGUUUCUUCGCAGGUCGUUUUCAUUCUUAGAGAGUUUAGGUCAUUGGUCAUUCGGUUUACACAUACGCCGCUUCACUUUGUGAUACGCACGAAUCGCAGAGGGGAACUGCCAUUUUCAUACACGAUGUUUGUAAAGUAGCGCAUAAUGAUACUUUAUUCUCGCGGUCGAUUCGCAUGUCAAAUCGGACAUGCGCAGACCAGCAUACUAGCCUUAACAUUCAUCAGGCUUUAGAAGGAAGAAUGUUUCAAUAACAUGCAUCAUGUCUGUUAUAUGAAACGACAAUGAUAUAUUGAAUAUAAACUUUUUCUCUAUAUAAUUUUAUGCUUCAUGUCAAAGAUAUCACUUAUUUUUAAUAGUAAUGAAUAUACCGUUGUCAUUUCCUUCAUUAAACGAUUAAUCGCCAUUAUGUAUAAAUAUGUCAAAUGAUGCAAAUAAUUGCAGAAUUAAAAAAUAACCCAAUUUUGGGUUAAGUUUAAGAUGUCACGUAGAGGUGACAAAAGAGAUGAACGGAAAUAUAAUGGAGAAGCAGUAAGGGAGAGGGAUAACCAAUCAUCUAUUAUUUCGUUCUAAUUUCAAAUGCCUCCAUGCACCGAAAUCUCCGCAAAGAUAACAAAUUAAUUUUUAUCAAAUUAGUAUCAGUAAACAAUAUCGUGAAAAGGAAAACUUCUCAGGAGCAACUCGGCAUCGGGUCUUUCCUUCCUGAUGAAGCGAACUGAAAUGUUUGCGAAACAUCGGAAUCAAACAGAGAAGAAUCCACGCGGCUCAAACCCGAAAACCAAAUCUAAUAUCAUGAAAGAGAUACGUAAUUAUAAUUAAACCUCAAAAAUAUACUGUACGAUGUAUUUUUUUAUAUCUUGUGGGUAUUCCACCAAGCCUUCAGCCUUGCCCAAGGAUAUUUUUAGCUAUGCGGCUUAUGAUAUCUCUUGUUCGGUUUUGUUUUCUCUUUUCUUACUAUUUUUCUUCCUUCUAUUUUUCUGAACACUAAUUUCCUUUUCCAAAGUAUAUGCAAAAGAUGUCACACACAAAAAAUUACAUGUUAUGUCCGAGCAAGUUCGAACAUGUCUUUACAUAACGGUAGUUAAACGGCAACUAAUCAUAUAAUGUGUUUUUUCUUCAUAUUUAGUGACUGUCACCAAAUGUCUAGCGUGUCAUUGUGCCUUUAGCCUUCUCCGAGAAUAUUUAUAGCCAUUAGACACGAUUAUACAAUGUAUGUACGAAUGGGUUUAUAUUUUCAUAAAACCCUGUGUACAAUGGAGCACAUAUUAGGAAUAGGAAUAAAUAUUAAGUAAUCUAACCUAAGAAAACGAAAUUAUUUUAUUUAAAACAAAAUGACAGAAUAGGCUAACGUACUACAAAUUACUAAUUAUGUGUCAGGAAUAAAAACGAUGAUAUUAGAUAUGAAAAAUAAUUCAUUUUAAAUAUGCUUAAUAUUUACUAUUUAUUCUUAUUCCUAAUAGUUUCUUUAUUGUGUGUAGGACCUUAACAAAUUUGAGAUUAGAAUUUCUUCUCUUUCCGUAAAAUGUGCUCCGUGGAAAGUCCGGUCAUGUGAAAUUAGUAAAAAGUAAUAGAUGAUUGGUUGGAGUUAUUCAAAUAUUAAUAUAUUACAGAAUAUAUUAGAAAAUUAUUAAAUUAUUUUUAAAUUAGAAUAAGAAUUUUUAAAAGUGAGUAACGAUAAUAACGAGUUACUUUUCUUUUUAAUGAAUAACGAAUUUCAAAAAGUAAAAUCCUUUUUAAUUCAGAAUGAACAUAAAGUCCUAAUUAUUAUUGUGCCCGUAGAUGUUUAGGUUAUUAUGCCGGUCUACGUACAAAGAAUCACACACAAUGAAAGAAUCGCGAGCUUUCUGUCGCGAGAGGAAAGGCAUCAAUAAAGAAAUCAAUAAUAUCGCACGGUAGCGCAGACAGUCGUGACAUCGUAGCUUAGCGCGAUAAAUAUACGAAGAUGCGAAUGGCGCAUUCAUGACGUUCAGAGAACGAGAAGAGAGCGGACGUUAUUUUUUUAAGAAAAAAAAGUCAAGUAGCGAGAUUCUACGGAGAGAGAAAUCUAUUCCAGAAUAUGAUAUUGGAUAGACCUUUAUCCGUAAUGAUAUAGCUGUUAAAUUAUUUAUUAUCUACCUUCCUUUUGAGCAGCGUAUAUACGGAACAAGUAUGAUGUGUAACGAGUGUAUUGUCUAGAGAAUGAUUGACAUAGAAGAUAAGAAUGAUAGAAAGUGGAACAGUAGCAGAUCGACACAUCCGUGAUCCAGUGCCACGUCCGUGAUAAUUAAGAUUAUUAAAAGUUGUUAUAUACUUAUAUAUAGCACCUAGCUUAUAUAUUCUUCUAUUUCGGAUCUAUACUCCCGAGGGAAAAGGAAAAAAAAGAAUGAAGUAAGCGAAAUAUUCCGUGUAACACGUGGCUUUGGUGAUAACGUCAACAUCUCAGAUAGUUGUUUGGUCUCUCGUGAGAAAAAUUACUUUAUCGUCGUUUUAAACAUUGUCUCGCACGAUGGAAGAAAGGCGAUUUCAACUCCCACUGUUCUGUGUGUCGACGAUACGUUUGCGAAUAACGCAAGUUCUGUGCGAAUGCACACCGGUAUGUCGUUUGAGUGACGCAUGAUCUUUUCCCAUAAACGUUGAGUACGUAUAAUAUAAUUAGCGUUUGCUAUCUGGGAUGUUAAUAACGAGAUAUUUCAAUCAAGAUGCCUAACGGUAGCUGUAAGUAUAUCUGCAUGGUGAUAACACAUUGUAAUGUUCAUUUUUAUUCUAGUCAUUAUUAUGUAUGUCAUAGCGCAGAGACAUUAGCUUUAUACGUGACGACGAGUAUUUCGACGACCGUGACCAGCUCGUCGAGAGAAGUAUGUGUAUUUAUUGUGGCUACAAAUUUGAGAUCGUACAUAUAUUCGUUGGUACGAGAUAUUUCGUACAUUUUCUCGCUGGUCCAGUAAGUUUGUCCAAUAAGAAAGAUCACUGAUAAUAUCGAUGUAUUUCUAUUAUUGUCGAAGUUACAGCGCGACGUUUAUGUUUUUACGACGCUUGACUGGCGACAAUAUUACGCGUUGAGUUUCGCACACACACACAUAUAUACAGGAUUUUCCAAAAAUAUCCUACAAUACUUUAAUCUCAUCCUGAAGCUCGAUUGGAAUCGAAAAUUCUAAUAUGGGAACAUUGAAUAAGUUUAUCAUUCAUCGCAUUUUUCUAAUUUGUAAUAUUGCAUAUUUUUAUAAUUAAACUUUUGAUUGGGAUUCUGUUCAA